UCCGGUUCCUCUUUUAUCUGUAUGUAAUGUGGGUCUUCCUGCCCCAGACUGGGGCUCCACUCCUGCUCACAGUGUUGCUGCUCAGGGAGAAUGUCCUUUUCAGAUACAGGAUUACACAGCUUCUCUCAGUUGUACCUGACUGAAGGCAUAAUUUCAGGUUCUGAGGGACAACUACGACACUGUCCUCACAGCCAAGAACCAGCUCCGGAGCCAAAAUUAUGCUUUGACUUCAACUCAAGCUGAGCUACAGAAAAUGAACAGCUAUGUGGCUGUGGUUAAGGACCAACUGGAGAGAGACUACAUGUAACUUGUCGCGUCCAAGUACCAGUCAGAGAGGCAACACAGAGACCUUGCUGCAAAGAGAGUAUGAAGGCCUACUGACAUCCAACAACCAAUUGCAAAAAAACGAUAUAGACCUGACGGCAUCUAAAAACCAACAACAGAGAGAGAUAAAAGAUCUCACAUUAACCAGGGAAUGGUCACAGAGACAACACCUGAACAUCAGUGCAGCUUAACGCCUCGAUCACACCGACGCGUCGUUGCAUUUUGGUACACCAGAAGUACAUUCAUUUCCAAUGGAAUGCUGCAUUUGCCUUCCAGCAUUGCAGAGGCAGUUGCAGUGUGUUCUGUGUGGUGCAUACGUUGGAUUUAUCCAGUACAUGCAUCAAACUGUAUGCCUAGACGGCUCGACAGAAAUGGUAGCAGAAGGUAAAUGUUGAACUUUUGUUGCAAACAUAUCCAGAUGAUACUGCAUACCAUUUUUCACAAAGAUGCUAUUGGUGUGAUCAAAGCGUUAUGACCAGUUGAGGUGAGAGCAUGUGAGGGUCGCAGAGACUAGAAACCAACUUCAGUUAGAUCUCAUAAGUCUCUCUGAAACUGAGGCGAUUUUGAACAGAGACUUUGUUGUCACGGUGAGGGAUAGGGAUUCCCUUCAGAAGAUGCCUAUAGAGCUGGUCAACUUCCUGCCUGUGGACCGACACUGUCCACUAAGAGACCAGAUCACCCAAGGUGUUACUUCUUCUCCACUGAGAGGAGGAGCUGGAGCAGCGGUCAGGUCGACUGUGUUCAACAGGGCGGAGACCUGGUGGUCAUUGACAGUCCAGAGGAACAGUUAGAAAGACUGCUGUGAGUGUGAGGGGAGACAGUGUGUGCCUCCACCCUCAGAGAGACCAACCCUUCUCGGAGCUGGAGAGAAGAGACCUGCAGCAUCAUGUCCGGAUGGAUCUGUGAGAGCCUAGCGCUCAUAUGAAACGUCUGACCAAGGUGCAUUAGGAAAGGAUAGCCAACUAGCUUGUUAACAAUGGCAACCAUGCGUCGACCAAGGUACUCUCUCCGAGACUCUCUGUACUGGGAUGAGACUGAGUGCCUGACGUACUAUGGGAUGCUCUCUCUACACGAGAUGUUUGAAGUUGUCGGUUCUCAACUGACCGAGACAGACGUUGAGGUGCUGUCAUUCCUCUUGGAUGAGACCUAUCCGGCUGGAGGGCACCCCUUGGACCCAGCUGGCUGGACCAGCGAGCCCAGUGAGGAGGACCCUGAGGCCAGUAAAGGAGUCUCCCCCAGCCCAGUGCUCCUGCAGGCCUGGCGGCGGUUACAGCCCAAGGGUCCUGCCUUGGCCUGCCCUACCGCUGCCCGCCACAAGCCCAAGAGUGGGCUAGAACUGCUGCUGGAGCUGGAGAGACGUGGGUACCUCAGUGAGGGUAACCUGGAGCCCCUGUUGCAGCUGCUGCGAGUCCUGACGCGACACGACCUCCUGCCUUUGGUGUCCCGCAAGAAAAGGAGGACAGUAUCACCAGAACGUUUCAGAGUGGACUACGGGACAGAGGACAGAAGACAGGUUUGCACAUCUGGACUGACUGACCCCUGUGCACAGACAGAAUCACAUGACGAACACGCCACACAGCAAUGGAGGGGGGGUGUUGACUCUGCCAGGCCAACGCCCGCCCCCCUACGGAAGAAGAGGGGUAAAGGCCGCCGCUGGACCAGCAAGCCCACCGCCCACAGGAGAAGAACGGGCAUCCCCGAAACGCCUCCCCCACCUAUACCUGAGAAAGUGACCUGCGACAUUCGUCUGCGUGUGCGAGCAGAAUACUGGGAGCAUGAGUCGGCUCUGCGCGGCGGCGUCUCAUCGGACAAGCAGCAGCCCCUGGAGCGGCAGUUUGAGCUGUUCAGUCGUGCCACCUCCGUGCUGCGCGCCCGCGACCUGGGCUCCAUCAUAUGCGACAUCAAGUUCUCUGAGCUGGACAACCUGGAGGCCUUCUGGGGGGACUAUCUGAGUGGAGCGCUGCUGGAGGCCCUGAAGGGGGUGUUCAUCACAGACUCUCUGCGGAGGGCGGCGGGGAGAGAGGGGGUUCGCCUGCUGAUCAGUGUGGACCAGGAUGACUACGAGGAGGGUCGCAGACUGCUGCUGGACGCACAGGAACAACAGGCCGGCUGCUGGGGACAAGACAGACCCAACCUGAGAAAGCUGGUUAUGGACAUCCGGCUCUGACAGACAGACAGGCAGCUGUUCGAGGUCAUGAGCCCAAGGAUAGAGGAAUGAAAAGGAGAAUAAAAUAUGAAGAGGAACAUUUUCUUUUUUCUCUCCUUUUUAAGUCUGUCAUGCUGAGAAUAGAGCAUACAGCUACUCCUAGGUCAGGGGAAUAGUCCCCAGGGAAAACAGCCAAACUUGAAGUGAAGGCAAACUGGACUAAAAGACUUGACACACUGUUCUAUUUGGAAUUGAUAACACAAGUUGCACUGAGCCUAGAUGCCCUCGGGGCACUGAGGAAGAGACUGCCUCUGAGACACACACACACAGAGACAGAGAGAAACUAAACUUCCGCUGUAACACACACAAACUACCACUGUAUCAAACAUACACACUCUGUAAAAUCAUCCAUACGAUAAACCAUCAGCACUUCCUGUGAGACUCAUUGAAGCCAAGAGACAUUUCUUGCUAACAGUGACAGCCCAGAUACCAGCUAGACUGUGCGCUAAUGUUGAACAUCUCUGGUUAUGUUUGAGGAGCGUGUGAGAUGCCCUGCAAGGCGAACAUCACCCGCCUCAAUAUUAGUUUGCGUUUCCAUUAAAAUGUAUGAUUUUGAAAA